AUGACUGCUUUGGGCCAGUUUGCCAAGGGAGCCUCCUGGGAGGAACUCAUUCAUGCAUGUGUCCAAUGUUUUGAUGAUGAUGGAAAUGUCUGUCACAGCAGCCAUCUGCUGAACAUCAUUCUCACCAUGCACAGAUUGCUGAUGUCUCCCAAAGACUUACUGGACAAGAUGGUUAUCCUCUUCAAAAGUACACUGGAGGGUGACAACUCUGCAGAGUGCCUGAAAAUGUGCUAUUUCAUUCAGUACUGGAUAAGUGAGUUUUGGACUAUGUUUCAGUUGCACAGUUGUCUGGCAGACUCCUUGGAACAGUUCAAAGAGCUUAUGAGAGAACAUGGUCAACAGAAACUAUGUUCUUUACUACAAACUAAAUGGAUGGGUGACAGAGAAUGGUCUCAAAAAGCCAGUCAGAAAAUCAAGGCCAGCAAUAAGAAGAGGAAAGUAUCUCUGCUAUUCGACCAUUUGGAGCCAGUGGAAUUAGCAGAACACCUCACCUAUUUGGAAUUCAAAUCUUUCUGCAGAAUAUCUUUUGUAGAUUACCAGAAGUACAUCAAAAGCGAUAGUUUAACAGAGAAUCCAACAAUGGAACGUUCCAUUGCUCUCUGCAAUGGCAUCUCCCAGUGGGUACAGCUAAUGGUGCUCAGUCGACCAACUGCUCAGCUCCGAGCUGAAGUCUUUACCAAAUUUAUCUAUGUUGCACAGAACCUUCAGCAGAUGCAGAACUUCAACACACUAAUGGCUGUAGUGGGAGGACUCUGUCACAGCUCUAUCUCCAGACUGAAAGACACUUGUACCUAUGUGCCAAAUGAGACCACCAAGGUUUUGAAUGAAAUGACAGAUCUUCUCUCAUCAUCUCGAAACUAUGAGACUUACAGACAAGCAUAUUGCAAGUGCACAGGCUUCAAGAUCCCCAUCUUGGGGGUCCAUUUAAAAGACCUGAUUGCUGUGAACGAAGCUAUGACUGACUAUGUGGAGAAUGGGAAAAUCAACAUACAGAAGCUUCAGGCACUCUAUAACCACAUCAGCGAGCUCAUCCAGCUACAGCAUAAUCCCCCCCUUCUUGACGCAAACAAAGACCUAGUUCACUUACUGACUCUGUCACUUGACUUGUAUUACACUGAGGACGAAAUCUAUGAGCUAUCAUAUGCAAGAGAACCCAGGAACCACAGAGCUCCUCCAGCAACCCCUUAUAGACCUCCAGUGGUGGCAGACUGGGCUUCAGGUGUAGCGCCCAAACCAGAUCCCAAAACCAUCAGCAAGCAUGUUCAGAGAAUGGUCGAUUCUGUAUUUACAAACUAUGACCAUGAUGGAAGGGGGUUCAUCUCUCAGGAAGACUUUGAAAAAAUUGCUGCAAGCUUUCCUUUUUCAUUCUGUGUUAUGGACAAGGAUAAAGAUGGGCUUAUCAGCAGAGAUGAGAUCAUGGCUUAUUUCAUGCGGGCUAGUGUGAUCUGCUCCAAACUUGGCCUUGGGUUCUCUCACAACUUCCAAGAGACCACAUACAUGAGGCCUACCUUCUGUGACAACUGCUCAGGAUUUUUAUGGGGGGUCAUUAAGCAGGGCUACAGAUGCAGAGACUGUGGAAUGAAUUGUCAUAAAUCCUGCAAAGAUCAAGUAGCAUUUGAGUGCAAGAAGAACAUCAAAAGUGGCAACAAUGCAGACUGGAGCCCAGCUUCUAAUACUAUAGACACUACAGCAGCUGGAGGUCAUGAUGAUGAAAGCCGGUUCAUAUACCCAUCAGAUUCUCCAACAGAUAAUUCUGAGUGCCAUAAACAGUCCAGCCCAAGUUCUACCUCCAACACCAGUUUUACUGUUCUACCAUCAAGAAGCGUUUUGGUACAGAGAAGUAGCCAGACAGAAGCUGUUUCAGCAGCCAGUCAACUACAGCUCUCCCUGCUAUCACCAAGCCCCAUCGCCCUCACCCCUUGCCCCAGCCCUGUGCCCCAGCGCAAGAGAGCUUGUGCCAACAAGACCUCCACCACCCUGAUACCUGGGGAGGAGAAUAAGUUCACCUAUGAAGCUUUGGAAAAGGAGAACCAGUCUCUAUCAAAGAGCAACAAGAGCCUCAGACGGAAGUUGAAAGAAGCCGAGCAUGAGGUGGAGAUACUUAAGACACUUUUAAAACGACACACUCUUCCAUCAGUGGAGGAGGAUUCCUCUUCUUCUUCUUCUUCUUCUUCUUAA